CGGGCUGGGGCGGCGGAGCUGCAGCCAUGGCGGGCGGCGCGCGGCUGCUCUGGGUGUCAUUCCUGGUGCUGCUCGGGCCCCAACCCGGGCAGGGCCGGCCCCGAGAGCGGCUCCGCGUGCGUUUCACCCCGGCCGUGUGCGGCCUGCGCUGCAUCCAUGGGCCCAGCGGCUCCCGCUGCACCCCGACCUGCGCGCCCCGCAACGCCACCAGCGUGGACAGCGGCGCGCCCGGCGGGGCGGCCCCGGGGGGACCCGGCUUCCGCGCCUUUCUGUGUCCCUUGAUCUGUCACAACGGCGGGGUGUGCGUGAAGCCUGACCGUUGUCUCUGUCCUCCGGACUUCGCCGGCAAGUUCUGCCAGUUGCAUGCUUCAGGAGCCCGGCCCCCCGCCCCCGCCAUGCCCGGCAUCACCCGCUCCGUGUACACCAUGCCCCUGGCCAACCACCGCGACGACGAGCACGGCGUGGCAUCCAUGGUGAGCGUGCACGUGGAGCACCCGCAGGAGGCGUCGGUGGUCGUCCACCAGGUGGAGCGAGUGUCGGGCCCUUGGGAGGAGGCGGAUCCCGAGGCCGUGGCGAGGGCGGAGGCGGCGGCCCGGGCGGAGGCGGCUGCGCCCUACACCGUGUUGGCCCAGAGCGCCCCCCGCGAGGAUGGCUACUCGGACGCCUCGGGCUUCGGUUACUGCUUUCGGGAGCUGCGCCGAGGCGAAUGUGUCUCACCGCUGCCCGGGCUCCGAACUCAGGAAGUGUGUUGUCGAGGGGAAGGCGUGGCCUGGGGCGUUCACGACUGUCAGCCAUGCUCGGAGCACCUGGGGAACAGAGUGGGUGGAGCCGAUGGACCUUGCCCCACUGGCUUUGAGAGGGUUAAUGGAUCCUGUGUAGAUGUGGACGAGUGUGCGACCGGAGGGCGCUGCCAGCACGGGGAAUGUGCCAACACGCGCGGCGGGUACACGUGCGUGUGUCCCGACGGCUUCCUGUUGGAUUCAUCCCGCAGCAGCUGCAUCUCCCAACACGUGAUCUCAGAGGCGAAGGGGCCCUGCUUCCGUGUACUUCGGGAUGGCGGUUGCUCGCUGCCCAUUCUGCGUAACAUCACCAAACAGAUCUGCUGCUGUAGCCGUGUGGGCAAAGCCUGGGGUCGAGGCUGCCAGCUCUGCCCACCUUUCGGCUCGGAGGGUUUUCGUGAGAUCUGCCCUGCUGGCCCUGGCUACCACUACUCAGCCUCUGACCUCCGAUACAACACCAGACCCCUGGCUCAGGAACCACCUCGAGUAUCUCUCAGUCAGCCACGUGCCCCAGCGGCCACCUCUCGGCCACCUACAGGUGAGCUGGUUCUAGGAAGUGGGGGGACAUUAUUUCAAAUUCAGUCUCCACUCCCUAAUACCUUUUCCUUACCAGGCUUUCUGCCUACUCAUCGCCCAGAACCUCGCCCUCAGCCUCGGCCUCAGCCUCGACCUGAGCCCCGCCCUGAGUCCAGACCUGAGUCGAGACCUGGCCCUGAGUUUCCUCUUCCCAGCAUCCCUGCCUGGACUGGCCCUGAAAUUCCUGAGCCAGGUCCUUCUUCUGGUGUGUGUCAGCGCAACCCUCAGGUGUGUGGCCCAGGCCGAUGUAUAUCCCGACCUGGUGGUCACACUUGUGCCUGCGACUCGGGUUUCCGGUUGAGCCCCCAGGGUACCCGCUGUGUCGACUUAGAUGAAUGUCGCCGAGUACCCUCUCCUUGUGCUCCGGGGCGCUGCGAGAACACACCAGGAAGCUUCCGCUGUGUGUGCGGCCCGGGUUUCCGAGCCAGCCCGAGGGCUACGGAGUGCCUGGAUGUGGACGAGUGCCGCCGCGUGCCGCCGCCCUGCGACCGCGGGCGCUGUGAGAACACACCCGGCAGCUUCCUGUGUGUGUGUCCCGCCGGGUACCAGGCUGCACCUCAUGGAGCCAGCUGCCAGGAUGUGGAUGAAUGCACCCAGAGCCCGGGCCUCUGUGGCCGUGGGGUCUGUGAGAACCUGCCUGGCUCUUUCCGCUGUGUUUGCCCGGCUGGCUUCCGGGGUUCAACAUGUGAAGAGGAUGUGGAUGAGUGUGCACAGGAGCCCCCACCCUGCGGGCCAGGCCGCUGUGACAACACGGCUGGCUCCUUCCACUGUGCCUGCCCUGCUGGCUUCCGCUCCCGAGGACCAGGGGCUCCUUGCCAAGAUGUGGAUGAAUGUGCCCGGAGCCCUUCGCCCUGUGCCUAUGGGCGGUGUGAGAACACAGAAGGCAGUUUCCAGUGCGUCUGCCCCACAGGCUUCCAACCCAACGCUGCUGGCUCGGAGUGCAAGGAUGUGGAUGAGUGUGAGAACCACCUGGCCUGUCCUGGGCAGGAGUGUGUAAACUCACCUGGCUCCUUCCAGUGCAGGGCCUGCCCUGCUGGCCAUCAUCUGCAUCGUGGCAGAUGCACUGAUGUGGAUGAGUGUAGUUCAGGAGCCCCCUGCGGUCUCCACGGCCAUUGCACCAACACCGAAGGCUCGUUCCGCUGCAGUUGUGCACCGGGUUACCGGGCGCCAUCGGGUCGACCUGGACCCUGUGCUGACAUAAAUGAGUGUCUGGAAGGUGACUUCUGCUUCCCCCACGGCGAGUGCCUCAAUACCGACGGCUCCUUUGCCUGCACUUGUGCCCCUGGUUACCGGCCUGGACCUCGCGGAGCAUCUUGCCUUGAUGUGGACGAGUGCAGCGAAGAGGACCUUUGCCAGAGCGGUGUCUGUACCAACACCGAUGGCUCCUUCGAGUGCAUCUGCCCUCCGGGACACCGUACAGGCCCAGACCUGGCCUCUUGCUUGGACAUUGACGAAUGUCGUGAACAGGGCCCAGCCCUCUGCGGGUCCCAACGCUGUGAGAAUUCCCCUGGCUCUUACCGCUGUGUCCGGGACUGCGAUCCUGGCUAUCACACUGGCCCGGAGGGCACCUGUGAUGAUGUGGACGAAUGCCAGGAAUAUGGCUCUGCUAUUUGUGGAGCUCAGCGUUGCGAGAACACCCCUGGCUCCUACCGCUGUGUACCAGCCUGUGACCCUGGCUAUCAGCCCACCCCGGGCGGCGGCUGCCAGGAUGUGGACGAAUGCCGGAACCGGUCCUUCUGCGGUGCUCAUGCAGUGUGCCAGAACCUACCUGGUUCCUUCCAGUGCCUCUGUGACCAGGGAUACGAGGGGGCAAGGGACGGGCGUCACUGCGUGGAUGUGAACGAGUGUGCAACGCUGCAGGGUGUGUGUGGAACUGCCUUGUGUGAGAAUGUCGAAGGCUCCUUCCUGUGUGUCUGCCCUAGCAGUCCUGAGGAGUUUGACCCCAUGACUGGACGCUGUGUCCCCCCACGGACCUCUGCUGGCACCUUUCCAGGCUCACAACCCCAGGCACCUGCCAGUCCCAGUCUGCCAGCCAGGCCACCCCCUCCAUCCGCACCCCGCCGGCCCAGCCCACCUAGACAGGGGCCUGUGGGCAGCGAGCGACGGGAGUGCUACUUUGACACUGCAGCCCCGGAUGCAUGUGACAACAUCCUGGCGCGGAACGUGACGUGGCAGGAGUGCUGCUGUACCGUGGGCGAAGGCUGGGGCAGCGGAUGUCGCAUCCAGCAGUGCCCAGGCACUGAGACAGCUGAGUACCAGUCACUGUGUCCCCACGGUCGUGGCUACCUGGCGUCCAGUGGAGACCUAAGCCUUUGGCGAGAUGUGGACGAAUGCCAGCUCUUCCGGGACCAGGUGUGCAAGAGUGGGGUGUGUGUGAACACCGCUCCAGGCUACUCGUGUUACUGUAGCAACGGUUACUACUACCACGCACAGCGGCUGGAGUGUGUUGACAAUGACGAGUGCGCAGACGAGGAGCCAGCUUGCGAGGGCGGCCGCUGCGUCAACACGGUGGGCUCUUACCACUGCACCUGCGAGCCCCCGCUGGUCCUGGACGGCUCCCGGCGCCGCUGCGUGUCCAAUGAGAGCCAGAGCCUCGAUGACAAUCUGGGAGUGUGCUGGCAGGAAGUGGGGCCUGACCUCGUGUGCAGUCGGCCUCGGCUGGACCGUCAGGCCACCUACACAGAGUGUUGCUGUCUGUAUGGCGAAGCCUGGGGCAUGGACUGUGCUCUCUGCCCUGCCCAGGACUCAGAUGACUUCGAGGCCCUGUGCAAUGUGCUGCGCCCCCCUGCAUACGGCCCCCCGCGGCCAGGUGGCUUUGGACUUCCCUAUGAGUAUGGCCCAGACAUAGGCCCACCUUACCAGGGCCUCCCCUAUGGGCCAGAGUUGUACCCACCCCCUGUGCUGCCCUAUGACCCCUACCCACCUCCGCCUGGGCCCUUUGCACGUCGUGAGGCCCCUUAUGGAGCUCCCCCUUUCGACAUGCCGGACUUUGAGGAUGAUGGCGGCCCUUACAGCGAUUCUGAGGCGCCUGAGCCACCUGGGCGAGGCGCCGGGUGGUCCUAUCGGUCCCGGGACACUCGUGGCUCCUUCUCAGAGCCUGAGGAGUCUUCGGAAGCUGGAGGCUACACCGGCGCUCUGUCUGAGCGAUACGAAGGGCUGGAGGCGGAGGACUGCGGGAUUCUGGAUGGCUGUGCCCAUGGCCGCUGUGUGCGGGUGCCAGAGGGCUUCACUUGUGACUGCUUUGAUGGCUACCGCCUGGACAUAACCCGCAUGGCUUGCCUUGACGUCAACGAGUGUGACGAGAUGGAGGCCGCCUCCCCGCUCUGCGUCAACGCGCGCUGCGUCAACACCGACGGCUCCUUCCGCUGCGUCUGCCGUCCUGGAUUCGCACCCACGCACCAGCCACACCACUGCGCGCCUGCGCGGCCCAGAGCCUGAGAGCGCGCGGCCACGCCCACUCCGCCCCGCCCCCCGCCCCCCCCCCCCCCCGCCCCGUGCGCCUGCGCAGCGCGGGGCCUGAGCGCACCCGCACUCGCCAAGGCCUGCUAAGUACGCCUGCCUGCGCGCGCCCGUAGCCUGAGCUCCCUCGACCACUCACCCAGUGCGCCUGCGCGGCCCCAGGGUUAGAGCGCACGCCACUGCCUGCUCAGUGUGCUUGCCCUGCCCCGGGCCUGAGCCUGCACCUGUUGUGGGCUAGAAUUCAGGGUGCACUGAUAAUGUACUGUCAGGAGUAGGCCCCUGCCGUCCGGUCCCUCCCAAAACUCCCUGGACCUGGCCAUCCCUUGAUCCCCUUUUAUGAAAUCUUCAAUUAAAACCACCUAUUUUGUA